AUGUCUUUACUGCACUUUGGUGCACUAAGGCUUUUCUUCAUAUGGCAACUGGUCCUGGCUUUUCCCAUUCCAGAGUUCAUUGGGAACCCACGCCAGUUGACUUCAGAGCCCUGGGUGCUAACCAAACUCUGGUCUUGGCUCCCCUCUGAUCAUCCACCUAAAUCCCCACAUACUCGAGCACCCAAGACAGACAAAGGGGGCACUGAGUAUCUGGGGCCCCCUGCUCCCAAGGAGAUAUUGGCCCCACUUGAGGAGUUGACUGACAGUUUACUUCUAUUCCAGGACCCCAGCACUUCUCGGGAGUCGAACCCAGAGCCUGCGGAACUUGGCACUGAGUAUCUGAAUGAUGAACCUUCAAUCCAAAAAGAAGACCCAGCUUACCAUCAGCUUCCUUCUGAGGAACCAUCAGUUCAUCCUGAAAUACGUGGUCCACUUCCAAAUAGAAUUGAAGCUCAGCACUCAAACCUGCCAAAUGUGACAGUGAAUCCUGUGGCUUCAGAGGCAGAUAAGGAGGUACAAGCUACUCUGGGCCGGCAACAGACCCUAGCCCUGUUUCCAGAGAGUUCUGAAUUGUUGGAACCUUCAUCAACCCAACAAGAGGCCGCAGCUCAGAUUUUAGAGCUUCCUGAAAAUCUUGGAAAUUCUGGUAGCCAGCUAAAAGCUCCAGCUCUGCCUACAAAGCUUCCCGAAGAAACCAGUCCUCUAGUUGAGCAAGAGGGUACAGUUCCAGUUCCAGAAUCCUCUAUGCAGAGUAUAGCUAACCACAAUUCAAAACUUCAAUUUCUCCAUUAUACUUCGCCCAUGAUUACAGGUAAGCCUGCAGAUAUGGAACCUAAAAUAACUGCUGAACCUAGAACAGAGAAUGAGUCAUCUCCAUAUGAGGAGGAGACUCCAUCUCAGACUCCCGGUCCUCCUGUUGAAACUGAACAUUUCGUCAGCCAGCAGCAGCAGCCAACUGAACCUUCUGAGUAUUCUGAGGAGGCUGAAUCUUCUGGAGUUGAUUUGGAACCUCCAGUUCAGCCUCAAGAGGAAGCAGAGGAGUUAGGACCUUUACCAAUACAGCAGGAAGAUUUAUCUCAACAUCCAGGUCCUCUUCUGGAGGAUGACUCUAAUCUCAGUGAACUAGAGCAGCCAGGUCCACUUUCUGAGUCUCCUGAGGAGGUAGAAUUGGGUUCUGGAAACCAGCCAGAAGUCUCAGUUCAACCUGCAGAGCUCCCUCCAGUUGAACAUGAGGCUCCACUUCAAACUCCAGAGUCCCCUAUUGAGAAUGUGGUUGAAACUCCACCAAUUCACAAAGUCCAGCCAGAUCCAAAUGAAGAGCACCAUUAUUACUUACCACAUGUUACAGUUAGACCCGUGGAUGUGGCACUUACCAUAACUUCAGAACCUACCAAGGAGACGGAAUCUUCUCUGACCCAGCAGGCAUCCCCAGUGCAUCCUUUGGAGUAUACUGAGCAGAUGGAACCCUUUCUCCAUGAGGAGAAGCCUCCAGCUCAGGCUUCUGGGCCUUCUGGAGAGAGUCAAUUUCAAAGCCAGCUGGAGGUACCAGCUCAAGCCUUAGAGUAUGCUGAAGAGUUUAAACCUUCUGCAACUGAGCAGGAACAAGCAGCUCAGUCUCCAGAGCAUCAGGAAGCGACAGAUUUGCCUCCAGGUCACUAUCAAGCUCAGCUUUCUAGCCUGUCUUAUGUGACUGGUCAACCUCCAGAUCUGGAGAUUACAGUAACAGAGAAUCCUCUAGCUGCGAUGGGAACUGUGUACCAUGAGGCUACAGCAUCUGAAGAGGUUGAACUGUCAAAACAACAGGGUGUUUUAUAUCAGCCCCCAGAACCUAUUCUGCAUCAUAAACCUCUAAGCCAGCAAGAAGACACAACUGGAAUAUCACAGAUCUCUGAAGAAGGAAAACCCUUUCCAGCACAGCAGGAGACUUCAGAACAGAUGCUAGAGCUGCCCGAUGAAGAACUUCCAGGUUACCAUGAGGUAACAGUUUCAUCCCUGGAUCUAGAGGCAACAUUCAGAACUGAACUUCCAAAGUCAUAUAAAACCACUGUUAAACAUGUGGACCUAGAACUUACCAUAACUCCAGAACCUUCUCUGAAGGAUGGAUCAGUUCCAUUUCCACAAGAAGACUUACGUCAGCCUAUAGACUCCACUGAGAAAGACCUAGAACUCCCCCUAACUUCAGAGCCUUCCAGAGAGCCUCAGCAUCCUACAGUUCCACAGCACCCUCAGCAUCCAAACACAACUGAAGCCACAGUUCAGGGUUUGGAUCUGGAACUCACCAUAACUCAUAAAACUUCUGCUGAGGGAGAACAUUCUCAAACUAUUCCAGAGACCACAAGUCUAAUUACAGAACCACCUAAGGAGGUUGUAGCUCAAGAGCAGGAAUAUCAAGAGGCGACAGUUCCAACAGAAACUGAGCAUCAAGUAGGUCCUUCAUCUCAGCCUUUGGAUCUGGAACUCACCAUAACUUCAGAGCCCACCAGAGAGCCUCAGCAUCCUACAGUCCCACAGCACCCUCAGCAUCCAAACCCUUCUGAAGCCACAGUUCAGCCUUUGGAACUGGAACUCACCAUAACUCAUAAAACUACUGCUGAGGGAGAACAUUCUCAAACUAUUCCAGAGACCACAAGUCUAAUUACAGAACCACCUAAGGAGGUUGUAGCUCAAGAGCAGGAAUAUCAAGAGGCGACAGUUCCAACAGAAACUGAGCAUCAAGUGGUUCCUUCAUCUCAACCUUUGGAUCUGGAACUCACCAUAACUUCAGAGCCCACCAGAGAGCCUCAGCAUCCUACAGUCCCACAGCACCCUCAGCAUCCAAACCCUUCUGAAGCCACAGUUCAGCCUUUGGAACUGGAACUCACCAUAACUCAUAAAACUACUGCUGAGGGAGAACAUUCUCAAACUAUUCCAGAGACCACAAGUCUAAUUACAGAACCACCUAAGGAGGUUGUAGCUCAAGAGCAGGAAUAUCAAGAGGCGACAGUUCCAACAGAAACUGAGCAUCAAGUAGGUCCUUCAUCUCAGCCUUUGGAUCUGGAACUCACCAUAACUUCAGAGCCCACCAGAGAGCCUCAGCAUCCUACAGUCCCACAGCACCCUCAGCAUCCAAACCCUUCUGAAGCCACAGUUCAGCCUUUGGAACUGGAACUCACCAUAACUCAUAAAACUACUGCUGAGGGAGAACAUUCUCAAACUAUUCCAGAGACCACAAGUCUAAUUACAGAACCACCUAAGGUGGUUGUAGCUCAAGAGCAGGAAUAUCAAGAGGCGACAGUUCCAACAGAAACUGAGCAUCAAGUAGGUCCUUCAUCUCAACCUUUGGAUCUGGAACUCACCAUAACUUCAGAGCCCACCAGAGAGCCUCAGCAUCCUACAGUCCCACAGCACCCUCAGCAUCCAAACCCUUCUGAAGCCACAGUUCAGCCUUUGGAACUGGAACUCACCAUAACUCAUAAAACUACUGCUGAGGGAGAACAUUCUCAAACUAUUCCAGAGACCACAAGUCCAAUUACCGAACCACCUCCAGCCCCAGUAUAUCAGGAGAUGAAAGUUCCAACACCAGGUCAGGAUCAAAUUGAGUAUCCAACAACACAUGUUGUAUCAUUUCAGCCUUUGGAUCUGGAACUCACCAUAACGUCAGAGCCUACAAGAGAGGCUAAACAUCCUACAACUCCAAAGCACCCUCUGGUGAUAUAUCCAGAAAGUAUUCACUUUCAACAUCCAAACCCAACUGAAGCCACAGCUGAACCUUUGGAUUUGGAACUUACCAUAGCUCCACAGCUUACUACUGAGGGAGAAUUUUCUCAGAGCAUUCAAGAGACCACAACCCAGAUUACAGAACCACCUAAAGAGGCUGUAGCUCUAGCCCCAGUAUAUCAGGAGGUGACUGUUCCAAUACCAACUGAGGAUCAAGCUGUUGUAUCAUUUAGGCCUUUGGAUCUAGAACUCACCGAAAGUUCAGAGCCUACUAGAGAGCCUCACCAUCCUACAACUCCAAGGGAGACUACAGUUCCUCCUCCAGAGUACCCUCUGGUGAUAUAUCCAGAGCCUGUUCACAGUAAGCACACAACUCAGAUACCUGAAGUCACCGUUCAGCAUUUGAAUCUAGAACUUACUGUAACUUAUCAACCUAUUAAUGAGGGAGAGCUUUCACAAAGUAUGCACGAGAGCACAACUCAGAUUACAGCACCACCUAAAGAGGGUGUAGUUCAAGAGGUGACAGUUCCAAUACCAAUUCAGAGUCAAGCUGAGAAUCCAGCACCACCCAGGAUCUCAUCUCAGCCUUCUCAGCCUCCUACAGGAACUCACUUUCGUCCAACUCCACAGGAGACUAGUGUUCAUCGUUCAGAUCACAGUGUGAUCCUGAACCCAGAAGUUUUCGUUCCUCGUACUAGAACUCCAACUAAAACCGUAGUUAACCUUGAUCAUAACUCAUCUACUCUAGAAAACAGUCCUGAAAAUUUGCAGAGGACCACUGCUGAAGUUAGAAAACCACCUAAUGAGUUUGUCGUUCAAACUCGAGGAUAUGAGGAGGGCAUGGUUCAAGGUCUAAUUCAGAGUAAAGCUGAGUAUCUAACAAAACCAUAUCAUCCCUUAGACAUGGAACUCACUGUAACUGCAGAGCCUACUACAGAGGGUCCUCAUCCCACAGCUCUCAGUGAGACUACAGAUCGUCCAGUGCAUUCUCAAGUGACACCUCUAGAACAGGUUCACAUUCAGCCUCCAAACACAACUGAAAUCACGGUUCAUCCUCCAGAUUUGGAAGUUACCAUAACUCAUCAACCUACUACUGAGGGAGGACUCUUUGAACCUGUGCAAAAGACCUCUCAGCCUCCACAGCCGCAUGAGGGGCUUGUUACCAAAGCUCCAGGGUUCCAUGAUAGUAAAGCUGCAAUGCCAAGUUAUCAAACUCAGCAUACAGUGUCACCUGAGGUCCAAGUUUACCAUCUUGAUGUGGAGCAUGCUUUAACUGAGCUAUCUAAGAUAGAGAGUGAACCUUUGGAAGCCCCAGGGAAUAUUACUACCCUUCCUCUAAAUAACCCUGAAGAGGUACUCCCACUUGAUGAGAAGAUUCAGGUUCAAAAUUCAAACCUAACUCAAGUCACAGCUCAGUAUUUACACUCAGAAUUUUCAAUAACUCGACAACCUAAUACAAUGGUUAAAGGUUCUGCCCCUAUGAAGGACUCCCCAGCUCACACUUCUGAGAUACCUAUGGAGACCGAGGCUCAGUUUCUAGAACAUUAUGAGACAGCAGCUCUAACUUUAGUUCAUGUUGAAGCUCAGCGUUCAGAUUCAUCAACUAUAGAGACUAAACCUGAAGUCCUAGAGACUGCAGCUGCUUCUACAGAGGCUGCACAGUAUGGAGUCUCAACAACUACAGCUGCUUCUCCAGAAGCUGCACAUUCUACAGUCCCAACAACUACAGCUCCUACUCCAAAGUACCCUGAAAUUACACUUCCACCUACAGAUCAGUUUUCAAAAAUGGAACUUACCAUAACUCCAUAUUCUGAAAAUUCCACUACAGAAAAAGAUUUAACUAUGGAACAAAAUGCCUACUUGUACAUCAACCUAUGUGAGUUCUGCUUGUGUGAAAAUGAGACACUGCUGUGUGUUCAUCUCAGCCCAGAGCGGAGACUCCACCAAGUGCCUGUGCCAAAGCCCGACUCCUACAACGACACUUUUACUAACUUGAAUUUCCAAGGAAAUGAUAUUUCUUACAUUGACAAAAAUGUAUGGAGAGCAUACCGUUGGGCUGAGAAACUAAACCUUGGUGAAAAUCACCUGACUGAAUUACAUAAGGAUUCAUUUGAAGGCCUGCUAUCCCUCCAGAUUUUGGAUUUAUCCUGCAAUAAAAUACGCUAUAUUGAAAGAGGGACAUUUGAAUCAUUACCUUUUCUGAAGUAUAUGAACCUUCGGUGCAAUUUACUCACUGAACUGAGCUAUGGAACAUUUCAAGCAUGGCAUGGAAUGCAGUUUUUACAGAAAUUAAUUCUCAGCCGUAAUCCUCUCACAAUUGUUGAAGAUCCCUACUUUUUUAAAUUGCCAGCAUUAAAAUAUCUAGACCUGGGGACAACACAAGUACAGCUGACAACGCUUGGGAACAUUCUCAUGAUGACCCUGCAACUGGAACAGCUAAUCUUACCUAGACAUAUGGCCUGCUGCCUCUGCAAAUAUAAAACUGAUAUUGAGGUUGUCUGCAAGACAGUCAAACUGCAUUGCCAUACUGGAUGUCUGACAAACACCACACAUUGUCUUGAAGACGCAUCUAUAGGGAACCCAGAAGGAGCAUUCAUGAAGCUGUUGCAGACCCGGAAGGAGAAUAACAGCACUGAACUCAUUAUUGAAUCAGAGACAGGCUAUUCAGACCAAGAAAAUGCCAAGUACUCCAGUUCCAUGGAAGAAGAGAUCGACUUUAAUGAUGAAAAUGAUGUUAUGAGUGCCCUGAAUUACAUACUGCCAUAUUUCUCUGAGGGAAAUCUGGAAGAUGUAGUAUCAACAAUGUUACCAUACAUUAAACUGCUGUUUUCUCAAGACCAAGAUUCAGAGAGUUCCUUGGGAUCUUUGCAGAAUGAUACACAAAGUCUUCUUCCUACAAAUGAAUCUGAAUCUGAUAACUUCACUAACAAAAAUAAAUUGAAUAAACUUUAUUUUCUAGAAAAGUUAUUAAAUGAAGAAAUUGAUGAGGUUAAAAAGGAAGAGCAAACUAUACUACAUAAGGAGAAGUCUAAUAAUUCAGGUAAAAAAUUUAAGCGAAAAAUAUUUCAAAAGAAAUGGGCACCUGCCCAGGCAGAGGAAAACAGUCUCGCAGAGAUUGAGAAGGCAGAGAAAAGACUCCGCAGCCUGAACAGAGUGCUCAAGAGGAUAGGAAGCAUACAGAAAAGGCACUUUAAGGGAGUGAGUGACAAGAGCCUGUGGAAUAAGCAGAGUGUCCAGACACCUGUGGAGAGUAUUGCCAAAGACGGGCAGCUCAGGAGCCCACCCACAGCAGAGUUGCAGCAGCUCGGUCUGGUUCAGAAGCCCAGGACGUUAGUGAGAAAUUCCUUCCACCCAGAGCCCUUGCUCCCAAAGGAGCAUGGGGAGGCAGUGUCUUCUUCCCCAGAACAGUUGCUGGUGGACAAGACUCCCACUACAAAAUCGCUGCCUGAGUUCAUAGACAGACGAAAAGACUUGUCUUACACCAUUUUCAUUUUAGAAAGUGCAAACGCCAAUGUGAAAAGAACAAAGGGGUCUAGCCCUAGUUUACUGUCUGAAAAGAGACACAGAAACCUUAGGAAGAAAAACUAUCAUUUCCGGUUGAUUGCAAAGAGUCCAGCAUCCUCUGCAGUGAGGAGCCUGGUAAAUUCCCCUGCAGGAGGGGUCUUUUCAUCUUUAGGAGACCUGAGUUAUGCAGAAAAGCCUUUUGCACAAUUAGAUGCUGCCUUAGAACCUCCUUCCAAAAAAUCUCUGGCUGCAUCUGAUAUUGAUAAUAUUGAAGAACACAUCUUUGAACCAACCAUCACUAUGCCUGAAGAAGCUGCAUCAGAAAAUAUACCCUCUGAAAAUCCUGCUGUACAGUCUAAUGUGCCUGCAUCUGAUUUAAUUACAACUUUUCAGCAAGCCAGCAAGCCACAGUUAGACUUCAUCUUGGGGCCUGACUCCCAUGGAUUUUCAUACUCUCUGAUGUCACCAGGUGAACGCUUUGAAUCUCAGCUAAACCAGCAGCUGCGGCCCCUCAUCCCCAACAACAACGUGAGAAGGCUUAUUUCUCACGUUAUCAGGACUUUGAAGAUGGACUGCUCUGAUCCCAGUGUGCAACUGUCCUGUGCCAAGCUCAUCUCCAGAACCGGCCUCCUGAUGAAGCUUCUCAGUGAGCAACAAGAAUUCAAGUUGUCCAGGGCCGACUGGGAUACAGACCAGUGGAAAACUGACAACUACAUCAAUGAGAGCCCAGAAACCAAAGGUGGACAGAAGGGUCUGGAACCAAGUCAGCACACAAAAGAAGUUCCGGGAUACGGCUACAACAACAAAGUCAUCUUGGCAAUAUCUGUAACUGUAGUAGUGACAGUGUUGAUUAUCAUUUUCUGUCUCGUUGAGGUUUAUUCCCACAGAACAAAAGAGGAAGAUGAAGAAAAGUCCAUAGGGUAA